AUGGGUGUAUGCAUCGAAAGACUGUGUAUCCCGUCCUUCUGUGCAGAGUACCGCCAACACUGUUUAAUUGAAACCCCCAAAUCCUGGUUUGAUGCCCAGAGCUACUGCAGAGAGAGAGGCCAUGACCUGGCCACUAUAGACGACAUGGGGGCAAUGAAGUCACUGCUGGCCUUGAAUGCAGACAGAGCUGAUGAGCUGUGGAUCGGUCUUCAUUAUGGGGGGAACAGACAAGGUGGACACCGAUAUGUCUUGGUUAGAGAGGUGAUGAGCUGGACGGGGACGCAGUUGUACUGCAGGAGUCACCACACGGACCUGGUCAGCAUCAGGAACCCAGAGGAGAACCAGGCAGUCGCGGAGAGACUUGGUCCGUAUGAUGUCUUGAUUGGCCUCUUCAAAGAUGCGUGGCACUGGUCGGACAAGCGCAACUCCUCCUUCAGACACUGGGAUCAAGAUUCAUUUGUUGGCCUCUUUCCUCAAAGUUGCGCUGUGAUGACAGGCAAAGGUCCUGGACGAUGGAGCCAACGAUCCUGUGAUGAGUUGCAUCCGUUUCUCUGUACAUAUAUGAAUGCAAUGGAAUGGAUGCAAACUCUUCUGAUCUCAGGACUGUGUAUCCCGUCCUUCUGUGCAGAGUACCGCCAACACUGUUUAAUUGAAACCCCCAAAUCCUGGUUUGAUGCCCAGAGCUACUGCAGAGAGAGAGGCCAUGACCUGGCCACUAUAGACGACAUGGGGGCAAUGAAGUCACUGCUGGCCUUGAAUGCAGGCAGAGCUGAUGAGCUGUGGAUCGGUAACCAACAAGGGGGAGACCAAUACGUCAUGGUUAGACAGGUGUUGAGCUGGACGGGUGCGCAGGUGUACUGCAGGAAGUAUUACACGGACCUGGUCAGCAUCAGGAACCCAGAGGAGAACCAGGCUGUCUGGGAUGCAUUUGGUGGAGGUCAUGUCUUGAUUGGCCUCUUCAAAGAUGCGUGGCACUGGUCAGACAAGCGCAACUCCUCCUUCAGGCUCUGGGAGAAGAAUUCAUUUGUUCCGCUGUUCUCUCAAAGUUGCGCUGUGAUGACUAGCGCAGGUUCUGCUGGAUUGAACCAACGAUCCUGUGCUGAGUUGCAUCCGUUUUUCUGUACAUGUACGAGAAGAUGGGUUGUCAAGGUGAAGGUGCGUUCAGAGGACAUCCAGGAACUGAAUGACCCUGCCACCUUAAAACAAACCCAAAAGCUGCUCAACGAAGCAGCUUUGAGCAACCACCAUAAGAUAACGUGGAGAACCAAUUCUGACGGACAGGUCUUCACCAAGGAGCAGUGUCAGGAAGAAGACUGCAAUGGUAACAGAUUUAGGCCAGACGCCGUCCCACCUCCACAUACCCCCACUGCCCGACACAGGCCGGGGACCCAUCCGGCCGUAAACCUACUCUGCCACGACCAUCUGCGCCCCCGGCCUGUGGGCCACCCGGAAAUUGAAAGGCUGCAACGCGAGGUACCACCGGGUGAUCCUCGCGUUGGCAUCCUUCAUCCGGUGGAGCCACUGGAGGGGGGCGUGGUCGGAGUAGAGGGUGAACUGGCGACCCAGCAGGUAGUAGCGAAGGGCACCGACCGCCCACCGGAUGGCGAGACACUCCUUCUCUACCGUGCUGUACCGACCCUCGCGGUCCGACAGCUUGCGGCUCAGGUACAGCACCGGGCGGUCGGCCCCCUCCACCUGCUGGGUCAGGACCGCGCCCAACCCCCUAUCCGACGCGUCUGCCUGGACGGAGAAAGGGAGAGCAAAAUUAGGAGCACACAGGACUGCUUCCCCACACUGGACUGUAUCUGGGGCCCGGAGAAGCAGGGGCGAAAAGACGUCGGCGAACUGGAGCUGCAGACUGCCCACGUCCGCCGCCAGACUCCCCGACAGAUCCUCUCCUCGGCCGACCAGAGGGACAGGCGUAGUGACUUCAGGAGUAGGGACUUCCGGUCCGAACUCCUCUCCCUCCGGGGAAGGGGCCGCAAGGGAGCCCUGGGGAUGGCGGGGGGAUUCACCAACUGGCACUCAGUGCAGGAGGCGCACCACCCGCCGCGUUCUCCGGAGCCGAGUAGCUCCCGCAUGGCCUCCCGGUUGGUGGCCAAGGAGCGGGCCAGCUCCACCAGGACCUCGUUCUGGGCCUGCUGCAGACUGUGUAUCCCGUCCUUCUGUGCAGAGUACCGCCAACACUGUUUAAUUGAAACCCCCAAAUCCUGGUUUGAUGCCCAGAGCUACUGCAGAGAGAGAGGCCAUGACCUGGCCACUAUAGACGACAUGGGGGCAAUGAAGUCACUGCUGGCCUUGAAUGCAGACAGAGCUGAUGAGCUGUGGAUCGGUCUUCAUUAUGGGGGGAACAGACAAGGUGGACACCGAUAUGGCUUGGUUAGAGAGUUGAUGAGCUGGACAGGGGCGCAGGUGUACUGCAGGAGUCACCACACGGACCUGGUCAGCAUCAGGAAUCCAGAGGAGAACCAGGCAGUCGCAGAGAGACUUGGACUGUGUAUCCCGUCCUUCUGUGCUGACUACCGCCAACACUGUUUAAUUGAAACCCCCAAAUCCUGGUCUGAUGCCCAGAGCUACUGCAGAGAAAGAGGCCAUGACCUGGCCACCAUAGACGACAUGGGGGCAAUGAAGUCAUUGCUAGCCUUAAAUGCAGACAGAGCUGAUGAGCUAUGGAUCGGUCUUCAACAUGGGGGUCCUGAAAGUUUUUCAGGUAACCAACAAGGGGGGGGGCAAUAUGUCAUGGUUAGACAGGUGUUGAGCUGGACGGGUGCGCAGGUGUACUGCAGGAAGCAUCACACGGACCUGGUCAGCAUCAGGAACCCAGAGGAGAACCAGGCUGUCUGGGAUGCAGUUGGUGGAGGUCAUGCCUUGAUUGGCCUCUUCAAAGAUGCGUGGCACUGGUGCAGAGAAACGGAUGCAAGUCAUGACAUGAUCGUUGGCUCCAUCUUCCAGGACGUUGGCUAG